AUGGACCGUGAUACCCGCCAUGGACUGAUACCCGCCAUAGUCAAACGUCGAAUGUCGUUUGCAUCUUCUGCUUCCAAUGUUUCAAAAUGGACCACGUUAAGCACAUCCUUGAUCGUGAACAGUCUGACUGCAUUACUGAUCUUUUAUUUUGGAAAGAUCCAAAGCAACGACCGAGAGGACGUAGCCGAGGAAGUUAAAGGAAUUCUGGAGAGUCUGAUUUCUAACGUAUUUCUUGAGGACUUCCAGCUGCUACUCUUUCACAAGAGCGCCCUCUUGACGCAGCGAAUCGUGGACAUAUUCGUGAAACAGGACGCGUUUAGUAAAAACAUACUGCAAGUGAACCUUGCCAUGGCACAACGUCUCCUGACUCACUCACUCCUUCCAAACCUGAACGGAACAGCGAAAGAACCACAACAACAAGAUGAUCCUGAAGACGCAUCUGUCAGUCUGCUGUUUGCGAAAACGGCAGCCAUUAUUCAUUUCCACAAGCUACCGGCCGAUGAGCACAAACAAGGCCCAGAACCGGGCAAAAACAAGUGGCCCCACAAUCACGAGGCGUCCGUCCUCAGAGAGAUCUCCGGACACAGGAACGUCGUGCAGCUGUUGGCGUUCCACAACAUCGACGUGUGCAGACUGCCACGGUUCUCUGUCAUCGAGGACUACAAGAAAACGUGUCUGCAGGACGUGCUCGUCAGCAGGAGUCUCGACAGAGACUGGCUUCCGGUGUGGAGACUCAAGUCGUUUCUGCUCGAUGUCGUGGAUGCUGUGCAGUACAUCCACCAGAAGAACAUUAUCCACCGAGACCUGACCGCCAAAAGUGUGUUCAUCGCCGACAACACGACGGCUAAACUAGCAGGAUUCCACCUUGCUAGGUUUCAACAAGGACACGGUGGGGUCGUGGAACAAGACUGUAGAGGAAUUCCAACAAGAUGGUCGGCCCCAGAAUCCCUGACGAAACGAUGUUUCUCCAAGCAAUCAGAUAUCUGGAUGUUUGGUCACAUGAUGUAUGAGGUCCUCACUCAUGGAUGCCUUCCGUAUUCCGACCACCAAGACAAAGAUGACGCCGCAGUGGUAAAGCUGGGAAUUCCAGUUGGUCUCGUUCCACAAAGCGAUCUUAGUGUUAAGAUCGUUUUUGGAAAGGGGCCCUGA